ACGGUCACUGCUGGGGAAUCUCAGUGUGAAAGAGUACAGCGACAUUUCUCUUGGGAUUUGAGCCCUUUCCUUAUUCGUAAGAUUGUGGAUUGGCUGUGCUGUAUAAGAGGAGCACAACAAGAACACACAUCCAUUCAGAAGAAACAGUUGAAGCCAGGUUUGGAUUUGUAGCAACGAUCACGCAACCAGGAUAUUGCUAAAUCUAUAAGGUGCAUGGUUGAAUCUUUCAUCGUUCAGCAGAUUUAAAAACAAUGGGACAACAUGUCACCAAAGUUCCCUCAGAAGCUCGGAUUCUAAUGCUUGGCCUUGAUGGAUCUGGAAAGUCCACCUUGCUCUACAAGCUGAAGUACAACGAAGCCGUGGUGACCGUUCCCACUGUGGGUUUCAACGUGGAGAUGCUGGAGACCAAAGAAAAGGGUUUCGUGUUGACUGUGUGGGACGUCGGAGGCCAGCAUCAGAUGAGGGUUCACUGGGAGCACUACUAUCAGGACACAGCCGGCCUGGUGUUCGUGGUGGACAGUAAGGACAAGAUGAGGAUGGCAGAGGCAAAGCAGGAACUGGAGAAGAUCCUAGGAAAUAAGAGUCUGAAUGGCCUUCCGUUGAUUGUGCUGGCCAACAAGCAAGACUUGCCGGGAGCCGCAAGUGCUGGAGAUGUUGCGGAGAUCUUGAAGUUGAGGGAGAUUUGCGGAAACCGAAAAUGGUUUCUUCAGACGUGUUCAGCGAAGACCGGUGCCGGUUUGGAGGAGUGUUUCCGGAGGAUGGCCCACUUUCUUAAAACUGCAGUAGGUGAAGGAGGGGAAUGUCUCCAGAAAGGAAGGAAAUCAUUUAAAGCGAAGACACAGCAGGAUUAUUGGUAAAAAAAAAAAAUUAAAAAAAAAGGACUCCAGUCACGAUGACCUUCCAGCAAAAUACAUCCACAGCACAGCAGAGUCACAAUCUAAUCUCCUUUAAUGCACCACCUCUCUGUAAAUGUGGUAUGAAAAAAAAAACUUCUCUGCACUAUGUCUUGCACGUUUUUAAUGUGACUUUCCAAAAGGCUUCUACAUUCUUAUCUGUAAAUUUACUUGUGCUUGUACUUUUAUUUCUUUAUUCUUCUUGUUCUAUUUGGUAAAGUUUACUUUGCAAUUUAUUUAUUUAUUUCAUUUAUUACUUUACUUUGGUUAUUUAAAGGGGGAAAAAAUCUUUAUUCAUUUUUA